CUACUACCAAAAAAUAGAUAUCUAUUUGGAAACCUACCUCCUAGGUAAAUCUUGAGAUACGGAAGUAGAUAUCUCCCGUAUGAAUCCCAAGAAAAAUGGCUCGUGGGUCUUGGUCAAUAUCUAUUGCUUUUUUUGGUUUCCACCAUAUUUUGAUGUUCUUAAACGUGUGCGCGAUUGUUGUCUGGUCGAUUCUCCUUGCUGGCUGUUCUUCUUCCAAUGGGCUGCGAAAUGUUUACCUUAUCUCGCUCUCAUAUAAAUCCAAAGGCACGGCUCCAUUAACCGACCCUCUUCAAGUCAACCCAAGCAUAAGCGACACGUUUUCCAGUGCUCUUAGCCACAGCAACAGUACCAUCCAGCAGAUCAACAUAUCUCAUAUGAGUAUAUGUAUCCAACUCCUGUCGGACGCGUGGAUCUGUGGCUCUAAUGCACAAGAUCUUGUGAAUGAUAUCAAAGGCGACCCCCAAUCUGAUCCAUUUAACUUAGUCUGGGUGGCGGACAAGUUUCAGAGUGAAAGUACCUUCUACCCUUUGUACUUUAUCGCGAUAGUAUUUACUUUUGUCUCCAUCUUCUUGUUGGCAACAUUCCCAGGAUGGACCGAAGAGGAAGAUUCUGACGGCUCAGAUCGGGAAAUAAAGCCGUUCCCAUCUCGACCAGUAUCGUAUGCCGCAUUGGCCCUGUCGACUAUAGCUGCGCUUUUCUCCUUCAUAUCGGUUUUUUGGCAACAUAUCGCUAGUGCUUGCGCGUUGACGUUAUUCGAAGCUUUGACUUAUGACACGGUUGAAGUUCAUGUUGGUCCGGCGGCUAUGGUAUGUGGUUGGUUCGGAUUUGGCGUGAUAUGUAUUACAUCACUCGGAUUGUAUAUGCUGAUCGCGUCAAUCAAAAUAUUAACCGAACUCAUUGAUUGAUAUAUGGCUCAAAAGAUGAAUCAUCUUGAUCUGUGGAUUCUGGUACCUCAUACAAGAUUCAACAUACCCUAGGUACCCAAGUAGGUAUAAAUCCAUACGAUUUAUACAAAUACCUAGGUAUCCUACAAUUUAAAUCUUUCACUGUAUUUUCGUGUCGGACUCAUCACUUGAUACACCCUGGAAGUGACCCUAAUUUCUCACUCAGCGCGUUCGAGUCGUUAAGAUAUCGCCCGCGUUUUCCUAAAUAUCAUCCGGGAGACGCUGCGCUAUUGUCGUGCUAGGUGUAGUUCUGAGGUUAGUACAGCGUGCCAAUAUAUUAGUAGGUUGCAGGUUCGUGCUCCAACUGGGCCAGGAGUUAGAUAGGGCCGCCUUUCGCGCUUUCGGCGGCGACGAUGAUGCACUUUACUCGGGCCAUCGUGUCGCUUUAUUAGUCCUUCGGUUUGACAUGAUACUAGCCGCAAAAAAGGUUCAUUACACAUGGGAGAACUUCCUAGUUUAUGCGAAGCUCUAUCCCUCAUGAUGUAGUAAGGUGUC